UUCUUGUGUGUUUUCAUUUCAGUUAUAACUUACUGUCACGAAUUAGGAAUGAACUACAACUUCAUUCGUCCAGACUUACUUGUUGGAUCACUCUUACAGGUUUUUCUCUUAUCCCAUUUAUACCUUUCUUUUUGCUUAAUUAGGAAUUGUGAGAAGCCUAUGAGAGAUUUUGAUGUAUCUGAUUUGAGAAUGCUUCUUCCUGCCGUGGUUAGUACACUGUACAAAGCUGUUAAGCAAAAUGGAGAAGUUACAUACGUGCACAGUGUACUCCACUGCUGGAAUGGGAAGGGCUCCAGCUAUUGCGUUGGAAGAAAUAUAAGACCGUUGCAAACACUAGCUGUUUUGAUAUGUGUGCUACGACUGUUGCAAACACUUGCUGUUUUGAUAUGUGUGCUUCUUUGGCUGAAUGAUGAAGGAAUUGAGCAAGUGUUGACUUCUGGCUGACUAAUACUGAGAAGGGGUACUCAUUUCAAUUACAGAUGACAUACGUGUUCUUAGAAAAAAGGUCGUGCUUUUGGAAGCCGGAUGCCAUCAGAAACGGCAACAAUUGAUAUUGUGAAUAUCAGAUCAAAUGUUUGAUGUCUUGCUCCUAAAAUAUGGGUUGCCAUGGAAUCAGAAGGCAUAAAACAUGUUAACCAAUAAUGAUGAUGAAUGAUGGAAGAGCGAAUGAUGCUGGACCAACAAUGACCGAAAUGGCAAGCAUUACGAAGCAUUCGUUAGAUACAACUGAUAUGCCAGCUGGAACAAUUGCUGAAACAUGCCCAUUGUUGUUGUGGAUUUAAAUUAUACAGAUCACGAAAUGCGACUUCAUCCGGCUCUCAAGAAAAUCUGGCCACUUUAAGGAGACUGCUACCGGGCCUUCAGAGAAGAGCGAUGGACCAUCACGCAUUGGAGACAAGAGCUACAUGCCGAGAGUGCUGUUUGAGCUUAGUCACAGGGUUAAUUAUCGUUAUGGCCGCAGCAACCAAAAUCAGUGUAAAUCAUAUCAAGAUCCAAGUGCUCAACUGUGCACCAUACCAUCUCUAUCAGCCAUGGUGGUGAACGAUUAUCAGAGAGCUACAUUCUUGGUGGUAUGGGAUAUGCCGCCAGAAUCGUAGCCAUUGAUUUAUAUAAAGAUCUUUUUAACGCUCAGAGAUAUACAAGGUCCUUGCGCUAAAAA